AUGGCUUCGACAAAAGUGGCAAUCCUUGAUGAUUAUCAAGGCAUUGCAGACCAAUUCUUCACAAAACUUGACUCGUCAAAGUAUCAAGUCGUGUCUCUCAAGGAUACAGUGCUGCCUUACAACCACCCAGACAACACGCAGGAAGGCAGGGAUGCAUUGGUAGAGAGAUUGAAGCCUUAUGAAGUGAUAUGUACAAUGCGAGAGCGCACACCCUUCCCCGCAGAAUUGAUCGAGAGACUUCCAUCCCUCAAACUGCUACUUACAACAGCCUUCAGGAAUAGAUCCUUGGACAUGGACGCUCUCAAAGCAAGAGGCAUCCCCGUCGCCGGAACAGUUGUCAAGCCUCAGAUCGGCAAAAAGACGGGCGGCGUCAGCAGUACCGUGCAGCACUGCAUCACACUCAUUCUUGCCCUCGCUCGCGGUAUCGCCAGGGAUGAUGCUGCUAUGAAAGAAGGGUUGUGGCAAACUGGCCUUGCUGCUGACCUCUCCGGCAAGACACUGGGUGUCCUCGGCCUCGGACGUUUGGGCAGCGACGUCGCGCGGAUUUUACACGUUGCAUUCGGCAUGAAGAUCAUAGCGUGGAGUACCAACCUCACUCAAGAGGCAGCAGACGAAAAGGCAAGGGAAGCCGGUCUUGCUGCCGAGGACGAGGUUGGCGAAAAGACGUUCAAAGUAGUAAGCCGAGAUGAGCUCUUUAGCGAUGCCGACGUGGUAUCCGUACACCUUGUUCUCUCUGACCGAUCGCGCGGCAUUAUCAACUCGCAAGACCUGGCAAAAAUGAAACCCACGUCGCUCUUUGUCAACACCUCCCGAGGACCGUUAGUGGUUGAGAAAGAUCUCCUCGAUCAUCUCAAAGCAGGCCACAUCAGGGGUGCUGCUGUCGACGUCUUUGACCUCGAGCCUCUGCCGAAAGAUAGCGAGUGGCGAAGCAAGAACUGGGGCCGUGAUGGAUCGAGCCAGGUCCUCCUCACACCUCACAUGGGAUACGUAGAGGGGGACACCAUGAAGUCGUGGUAUGAGCAGCAGGCUGAGAACAUUGAGAGGUGGGCUGCCAACGAGCCUCUGGAGAAUGUCAUGACUUGA